AUGGCGUUUCGUAAGAAGAGCACCAAGAACCCCCCAGUCCUGAGUCACGAAUUCAUCCUGCAGAAUCAUGCGGACCUCGUCGCCUGUGUGGGGAUGUUCUUCGUGCUGGGGCUUAUGUUCGAGGGAACAGCUGAAGCAUCUAUCGUUUUUAUUACUCUUCAGCACAGUGUUACCUUUCCUGCAGCAGAAGAACGAGCCACGGAAUCAAAGUUCCUUUACUAUUAUGGCAUCAAAGAUUUGGCCACGGUUUUCUUCUACAUGCUAGUGGCAAUCAUCAUUCACGCCACAAUUCAGGAGUAUGUGUUGGAUAAAAUUAACAGGCGAAUGCAGUUCCCCAAAGCGAAACAAAGCAAAUUUAAUGAAUCUGGCCAGUUUAGUGUAUUCUACCUUGUUUCUUGUAUUUGGGGCACAUUCAUUCUAAUUUCUGAAAACUGUCUGUCAGACCCAACUCUCUUAUGGAGGGCUCAUCCCCAUAAUAUGAUGACAUUUCAAAUGAAGUUUUUCUACAUAUCACAAUUGGCUUACUGGUUUCAUGCCUUUCCCGAACUCUAUUUCCAGAGAACCAAAAAGCAAGAUAUCCCUCGUCAACUUGUCUACAUCGGUCUUCACCUCUUUCACAUUGCUGGAGCUUACCUCUUGUACUUGAAUCAUCUGGGACUUGUUCUUUUGAUGAUGCACUACUUUGUUGAAUUACUUUCCCACAUUUGUGACCUGUUUUAUUUUAGUGAUGAAAAGUACCAGAAAGAGUUUUCUCUGUGGGCAAUUGUGUUUAUUUUGGGUCGACUUGUGACUUUAAUUGUUUCGGUAGUGACUGUGGGCUUUCACCUGGCCGGAGGGCAGAAUCAGAAUCCGGAUGCCAUUACUGGAAAUGUAAACGUGUUGGCAGCUAAAAUUGCUGUUUUGUCAUCCAGUUGCACCAUCCAAGCAUACAUAACAUGGAAUUUAUUUAAUGUCCAGCUUCAAAGGUGGGUGGAAGAAGACACUGCUCUUCAGGCCCCAAGUGUGAAGAAGAAACGGACUAAAGGGAGGUCUUCUAGAAAAGGAACAGAAAAUGGUGUGGCAACUUCAAAUAGAGUAGACUCUCCCCAUAAAAGGAAAGAGAAAUCUUCAUAA